AUGGCUCGACAAUGUCUGCAGGUUAAGUAUCUGAAAAUGGGACGUUACAGCUACUCGCAGCCAUCAGAAGACGAGCCAUUAUUUGGAAACAAUGAUGACAGUGGCUACAGCGAGACAGAGGAUCUCAUACGACGCGACCAAGCUGAGUUAAGCUUGGAACGUAGUUCACAAGUUCACUACCCUCCGCAACCGGAGGUAGAGUUUGGUUUCCCGCAGGUCUGCUAUUGUGGUGCUCACCCAGUGCUUGCAACAUCUAACUCCAGGAAUGAUCAAGGGAGAAGAUUUUACACUUGCGCAAAUAAGGACGAUGGCGAUUGCCAUAUUUUCAAAUGGUGGGAUGAGGCGGUGAUGGAUGAGAUGAGAGCCAGAGAUAUACACGUGUUUCAGCUAUCUGAAAAGGUAGAUAGCCUAACCCUUUUACCUGACUAUGACACUGAGGAGAAGCUACGAAAGCUAGAGAAGAUGGUGGGUGAUUUGGCCAAGGAGAAAUCAUGUAUGAUAAAGGGGUUUGAGUGCUUUGUAAUAGUCAUAGUUGUUCUUGUUGUGGUAAUAGGCUUGCUGGUUAUGUUAGUCUAAUGUUUGAUAGUUUCAAUGUAUGGAUUCCGUUUCUUU